GACACCUAACCCCGCCCACCAAACACUUAACAGUUUCUCUGUCUCUCCAAUACAAUAAGCAAAAGCUUCCGCAGCUCGCCACCUUCUCUGCUCAAGCAUCAAGCUCUCACGCACAAUGACUCUGAUCGGCAGCGUUCCGUUGGCUACUUCGGAUCUUCAAAUUGUGGAUGGAGCUCGAAGGAGUUCGACGCUAAUAUGUGCGCCGGUAAUGGCGGAAACAGUUGAUCAGAUGCUGAUUCAGACGAGAAAGGCCAAGGAACUUGGGGCUGACCUUGUUGAGAUUCGAUUGGACUUCUUGAAGAACUUCAGUCCAAGACAGGAUCUCGAAAUCUUGAUUAAACAGUGUCCUUUGCCCACUCUUAUCACGUACAGACCAAAAUGGGAAGGUGGUGAGUAUGAUGGUGAUGAAAACAAGCGACAAACUGCAUUACGUCUAGCCAUGGAGUUGGGAGCAGAUUAUAUUGAUGUUGAGCUUAAGGUAGCACAUGAUUUCUACAAUACCAUUCAAGGGAAGAAACCUGAAAAGGUCAAAAUAAUUGUCUCUUCACACAACUAUCAGAAUACUCCAUCUCUUGAGGAAAUUGGCAAUCUCGUGGCAAGAAUACUGGCUACUGGAGCUGAUAUAGUGAAGGUUGCAACAACUGCAGUAGAUAUCACAGACUCUGCACGUAUAUUUCAAAUUCUUGUGCAUUCUCAAGUCCCUAUGAUAGGAAUUGUCAUGGGUGAGAGGGGUUUCAUUUCAAGAAUUCUUAGUGCAAAAUUCGGUGGCUUUCUCACAUUUGGUUCGAUUGAGGCUGGGGUGGUAUCAGCUCCUGGGCAACCAAGUAUAAAAGAUUUAUUGGAUUUAUACAAUUUCAGAUUGUUAGGGCCUGAUACCAAAGUACAUGGUGUUAUUGGGAAUCCUAUUGGACACAGCAAAAGUCCUCAUCUGUACAAUCCAGCAUUCAAGUCUGUCAAUUUUAAUGGAAUUUAUCUGCCUCUGUUGGUUGAUAAUGUCGCAAAUUUUCUCAAGACAUACUCAUCUCCUGAUUUUGUUGGAUACAGUUAUACAAUUCCUCACAAGGAAGCUGGGUUUAAUUGCUGCGAUGAGAUUGAUCCAAUUGCCAAGGAAAUAGGAGCUAUCAGUUGCAUGAUCAAGAGACCUGAUGGGAACUUAAUGGGCUACAAUGUUGACUAUCUUGGAGCCAUUGCAGCUAUCGAGGAAGGACUUAGAGCAAAUGGUGCAAACGGCGCAUCUGGUUCUCCCUUGGCUGGGAAACUGUUUGUCGUCAUGGGUGCUGGUGGUGCUGGAAAAGCACUUGCUUUUGGUGGAAAAGAAAAGGGAGCAAGAGUCGUAGUUGCCAAUCGCACAUAUGACAAAGCCAAAAAACUUGCCAGUAAAGUUGGAGGAGAAGCUAUAACUCUAGCCGACUUAGAAAAUUUCCAUCCAGAAGAAGGGAUGAUUCUUGCAAAUACUACUUCUGUUGGAAUGAAACCAAAAAUUGAGGACACACCCCUUGCCAAGAAAGCUCUGAAACACUAUUCUUUGGUUUUUGAUGCCAUUUACACACCAAAAUUGACCAGACUCUUAAGAGAAGCACAAGAGUCUGGAGCCAUUACUGUUUAUGGGACAGAAAUGUUCAUUAACCAAGCAUUUGUACAGUUUGAAAAGUUCAGUGGUUUGCCAGCACCAAAGCAACUGAUUAGGGACACCUUGGCAAGAAACACAUAAGAAGGAAUAUAUCUGGUGACUCACUGCAGAUGAACCUGUGUUUCUCCACCAUAGCUAUUUCAUUUCAAUUCCUAAAUGUGCCAUCAGCUGUUGCAUUAUUCUGUUGAAACAAUAAAAUUUUCAUUUUUGUUUAUGGAGUGACUUGUGAUCAUGAAUUUCAAAAGUUGUCAAGCUUGCCUUAUGCCGUGUAUAGGCAAGCACAGAUAGUAGGGCAGAUUCACUAGAGAGGAUUCAUGUAGCCAAUUCUAAAUUUUUGGGACAUGCUUUUCCAAUCAAGUUUAGAAUAGGAUGGGGUCAUUUGCCUCUCUUUUAUUCA